AUGCUCCAUCACGAGCCUGCACAAAAGGAACAGGACCUCGUGGCCAUCCUGAUACUGGACAAUCUGGCUGCAGGCAUCAUGCUGGUCAUUGAGGCGAUGCAAGAGUUUCGCUACUUCUUCUUCAGCAUCGUCAAUUUCAUCUUGCUCAUCCUCGGCAGUAUUGUCUUGUUGUCGUUGCCUGUUUUGAGCUACAGUCAUUCUCGCGCAUGGACAGGUCUACCAAUUCUAGUUAUCGCUAAAACGAUCCUCAAUAGCCUGCGAUCAUCCUUCUAUGACAUCUCGACUGGCUUCACCUCACAACCACUUCGCAGCCUCGUCUUCGCUGCUGGUGUCGCAUCAGGCGUGCCGAGCCUUCUUUAUUUGCUGAUGCCACUCUUCUUGUGGCGGCCGGACAAGCCAGGUGGAUGGAUCGGAUACCUCGUCGCUUCGACUCAAACCGUUGCUAUGCAUGGUGUACCUGUUAUCAGCCGGCCCGUUUACGUUCCAGAACCGCGGUAUCACUUUUGA